AUGAUGAGGCUCUCGGAACCAAUACUAGACAUGGAAAUGGCUAACUACAGUGAAGUUUUAGAUCCAACAUAUACGGCCCUGGAGUUUGAAACUAUGCAGAUCCUCCACAUUCAGACAGAUUACAGUUCAGGAGACACUGUCAACAUGAAUGCCACUGACAAUGGGGUCAGUAGUCUCUGCGCAAUAUGUGGAGACCGAGCGACUGGAAAACAUUAUGGUGCUUCAAGCUGUGAUGGAUGCAAGGGAUUCUUUAGACGCAGUAUACGGAAAAAUCAUGUCUAUACAUGCAGAUUUAACCGGCAAUGUAUUGUGGACAAGGACAAAAGGAAUCAAUGCAGAUAUUGUCGUUUAAAAAAGUGUUUUAGAGCAGGAAUGAAAAAAGAAGCUGUACAAAAUGAACGGGACAGGAUAAGUACAAGAAGAAACAUUAUUGAUGGCUGCAGCACCUCCUCUAUUAGCACACUGUCACAAGCUGAGACACUGUCCCGUCAGAUCUCAAUCUCCAGUCCUGGUGCUAGCACUGACAUAAAUGUUAAGAAAAUUGCUGGUAUUAGUGAUGUCUGUGAAUCUAUGAAGCAACAACUUUUGGUCCUGGUGGAAUGGGCUAAAUAUAUUCCAGGCUUCUGUGAAUUACCACUGGAUGACCAGGUUGCCUUGCUAAGAGCACAUGCUGGGGAACACCUGUUGCUUGGCGCAGCAAAACGGUCCAUGGCGUAUAAGGACAUUUUACUUUUAGGCAACAAUUACAUAAUCCAUCGCAACAGUGCCGAAGUAGAGAUCAGCCGAGUGGCAAAUCGGAUUCUAGAUGAAUUAGUCCGACCGUUCCAGGAAAUUCAAAUAGAUGACAAUGAGUAUGCUUGCCUGAAAGCGAUCGUGUUUUUUGAUCCAGAUGCAAAAGGCCUGAGUAAUCCAAUGAAGAUUAAGAACAUGAGGUUCCAAGUCCAAAUCAAUUUAGAGGAUUAUAUUAAUGACCGUCAGUAUGACUCCCGAGGAAGAUUUGGAGAACUUCUGCUUCUACUGCCUACACUCCAGAGCAUCACUUGGCAAAUGAUUGAGCAAAUACAACUGGUUAAACUCUUUGGAAUUGUUAAAAUCGACAGUUUGCUUCAAGAAAUGUUACUGGGAGGUACUUCUAAUGAUGCCAGUCAUCUACAUCAUCCAAUACAUCCUCACUUAUCCCAAGAUCCAUUAACGGGCCAAACUAUCCUUAUAAGUUCCAUGUCUGCUCCUGUGCAUACGGAACAGAUUUCAACUCCAGAAACUCCAUUACCUUCCCCUCCUCAAGGGUCUGGGCAAGAAUAUAAAAUGUCUGCAAAUCAGGCUUCAGUCAUUGCACCACAGUCAAUUUUGAAACAAAAACCAUUGUGA